AUGGGGCAGGUCUUGUUGUUGACGACUGAACUCGUCGACAUUGUGGCGUUCACGGUCGCGGUGAUCGCAGUGCUCGUUUGUGGGCAGCGCCCAGACGCGUCCCGCCUGUUUGCAAUGUGGGUAUUUAUGGGAGUCUUGCAUUCCAAACUCUUCAGCUUCCCAGAGGCCUUGCGCAAGUCUAUGUCAGCAUGGUCUUCUGUGACCCGCUGUGCUACCUUUUUUGAAGCAACCACCUUGUUUCCAAGCACGCCCAGUCUGGAGCUCUCAAAAGCCACCAGCUUGCCUGGACAACCCGAAGGGCUGUUCGUGGUCGACGGUGACUUCUUCUUCGAGCAGCACUGCACCGAAUUCUGUUUUGGCCAAUCUGCUGUUCUUUUGCCGGUGCUUGAGCACGUAAACGUCCUCUUUCAGAGGGGGCACCUUCACGCCGUGGUGGGCAGCGUGGGCUUUGGGAAGACGAGCCUGCUUCUGGGGCUCCUGGGGGAGCUGCACACCUCGGCGCAGACGCGGAUGAGUCGUGACGCUGGAGGCCCAGGCUUCGCAUACGUUCCACAAGAUCCCGUCAUAUUCAACUGCACUGUGCGAGAGAACAUCACCUUCGGUCGUUCUUUCGAUGAGGCGCUGUAUCAAGCUGUCUGCACCGCGUGCAUAGUUGCCAGCGGAUGUAUCUAUUUUUCCGGAUGGUGA